AUGUUUGGAUUCAUAACGGAUUACUUCUCUACGAAGAAGUCAUCUGACGAUAUGCUUACAAGAAGCGCAAGAGAUCAAUGCUGGAAUGCUCGAGAUGUUUACUUCUCUUGUCUAGAUUCACAUGAUGUGAUUAGUCCCAAUUCAAAAAAUGCAAAGGAUAUUUGUACUUCAGAAAAAAACAAAUAUAAUGAAAAUUGUGCCAUUUCUUGGGUACGUUAUUUCAAUGAUAAGAGACUUGUCGAUUAUAAAAAGAAAAAAUUGAUGGAAGAAAAUGAAAAUGUCACAUUUGUUGAUGUUAAUCCAGCAUUGUUAGAAAAAAAGAUAAUACUCCUCCAUAUGCAAUAA